UCGGUGAAAAAAUCGCAACCUUCUUAGCCAGUUUCAUUCUUCUACGUGGAUCGGCAAAGUGAGAAAACCCCCGCAGCCUGCUGCGACCUAGGAGAAGAACGCAGCCAGGAUGAGGUUGUACCUGCUGGUUGGGCUGCUGUUCUGCGGAAUUUCGGCGUUGAACGCCGCCACCGACAAGGUGGUGUGCUACUACGGUUCUUGGGCGACUUACAGAACCUCGAGUGGAAAGUACGAUGUCGAAGACAUCAACCCUAGCUUGUGCACGCACAUAAUCUACACCUUUGUGGGAUUGGACGGAUCUACAAGUUUACUGAGAAUUCUAGACUCGUACGCGGAUAUAUCACUUCAGGGUUACAAACGCUUCGUAAACCUGAAGCAACGCAACCCAAAUGUCAAGCUGUUGAUCGCGAUCGGAGGCUGGAACGAAGGAUCUGCCACGUACUCCUCGAUGGCGUCUACGGCGGUGACCCGUAAGGCGUUCAUCGACUCCGUGGUGCACCACGUGAAGACGUACGGCUUCGAUGGGUUCGACAUUGACUGGGAAUAUCCGACGCUGCGCGGUGGAAGUCCUGACGACCGUGUCAACUUUAUCAGCCUGUUGCAGGACAUGCGCACGCGAUUCGAUAAGGAAGGUUUGUUGUUGACGAUCGCGGUGGCAGCGACCAGCGACUACCAUCGAUCGGCUUACAACGUGCCCGAGAUCAACAAGUACGUGGACUUUGUGAACCUGAUGUCGUACGACUUGCACGCCUCUUGGGACGGUCAAACGGGGCACAACGCGCCACUUUACCCGGCCAGUUGGGAGGUGUCGUCCUCGUACCUGAAUCAACUCAAUGUGGACGCCUGCGUUCGAGGUUGGUUAGAUUCCGGACUUGAUCCCAAUAAGCUGAUCAUGGGUAUCCCAGCCUUCGGACACACUUUUACACUUGCUUCGACCUCCAGUACGGGAGUCGGCGUGCGUACGAUCGGUGGAGGUAACGCUGGUCCGUACACCUUUGAAAGUGGAACUCUUUCAUACCUGGAGAUCUGCGAGCGAUUCAAGGCUGGCGGCUACACGAAGUACUGGGAUGACGUUCAGAAGGUGCCCUACGCUGUCAACGGUAACCAGUGGAUCUCGUACGACGACGUGACUUCGAUCGAACUCAAGGUGGCCUACGCCAAGAACAAGAAGCUCGGUGGAGUUAUGGUUUGGUCGCUCGAAUCGGACGACGAUCGGAACCUGUGCGGUGGAGGACCACACACGAUCGGCACCACCGUCUACAACGCGGUAUUUGGAUCAUCGCCCCCACCUACAUCACCAACGACCGUGACACCAGCGACGACCACUACGACCAAACCGGUGACAACCACCACAACGAAACCCGUGACUACAACAACAGCGAAACCAGCUGCCACAACUUCAACGCAGAAACCCGCGGUCACGACAACAACGCAGCAACCUGCUACCACAACAACCCCAUCCGGAACGCUGAUCUGUCCCUCGUCCGGCUUCAAGCGGGAUCCCACCAAUUGUGGAGCCUUCUACCAGUGCUAUCCUGGACAGCCGGUCAACUACGCUUGGCGCUUGCUCUGCCAAUCGGGAUUGUACUUUGACGAGGCAAGCAGCACCUGCAACUGGAGCUUCCUGGUCAGCUGUUAUAAGGUGUUCUGCUUCUACCUGGGCUCUGCCAAAUACCGCGUCGGCAAUGGCAGAGUCACGAUCGGUGACCUCAACCCAACCCUCUGCACACAUCUGGUAUACCAGCACUACACGCUGUCGUUGGCCGGAGCCGUCCAGGACGUGGACACCAACGAGUUAAAGCAGCUGCUGGCUCUCAAAGCCUCGAACCCUUGGAUGAAGGUGCUCGUUUCCGUGGGAGGACCAACCCUCAGCUCCAAGACAAUGUCCGGCCUGGUGAAGAACAUUACCCAGCGUCGACUCGUGGUCAAGAACCUCAUAGCGCUGAUCGUUAACAACGCCCUGGACGGACUGGACAUUGCCUGGUUCUACCCCGUACUGCUGGGUGGCGAACCGGGUGAUCGCGACCUGUUCGUCCAGCUACUCCUGGAACUCAACGUCCAACUCCGACCGGCGGGUAAACUCCUCACCAUCUCCGUCGCUCCAACGAAGGACUUUUUCCCGUCCGCUUACAACGUGCCCGAGAUCGACAAGUACGUAGACUACGUCAACGUGAUGGCGUUCGAUCUGCACGCGUCCUGGGACGGCCGUACCGGACUCAACUCACCCGUCUACCGCGCCUUGGAGGAAACCACCCGAGCGGAACGUGAACUCAACGUUGAUUUCAUCCUGACCGGGUGGACCACCGCCGGUAUCGCGACCGACAAGAUCAUCCUGUGCGUUUCGGCCAACGGGCACAGCUACCGUCUGGCGGACCCGAUCAACAACAAACUGAGGGAUCGCUCGAUCGGACCGGGAACGGAAGGACCGUACCUGGGCAAGCAGGGAGAUCUGAGCUACCUGGAAUCCUGUGAAAAGCUGAAAGCUGGAGGUUGGACCAAAGUUUGGGACGAUCGUCAACAAGCCUAUUACGCGUACAAAACGGACCAGUGGAUCUCGUACGAAACCGUUGAAUCGCUCACGCUGAAGAUCGACCUGGCCAAAUCGUACCAAGUCGGAGGGGUCGGAAUGUGGAGCAUGGAAGGGGACGACAUCAGAAACGUCUGCGGUGGAGGCCACUGGCCGCUGAUGAUGCCACUCUACAGUAGCGUAUAUCCGGACGGUUGGAAGUUCCCCAACUCGGAAAUCCCAACAACUACCAGCACCACCACGAAACCAACGACCACAACCACAACGACCACCGCGAAACCAACGACGACCACGAGCAGCCCAAAUCCGCCGGGGGAGCUACCGAAAUACUGUCCGACGAGUGGAUUCGUGCGCGAUCCGGUGGAUUGUGCCACGUUCUAUCGGUGCAUUCCGGGCGCGAGUUUCUUGAUACUGUCCAAGAGUACCUGCGGCGCUGGGACGUACUUUGAUCCGAAGAUUCUGACCUGCAACUGGGCGUCGUUUGUGCAGUGUUGA